AUGGUGUGGGCGCAGCAGCUCGUGUUCGCGCCUGCGGCCUCGACGCCGCUCAGCAACGGCACCCACCCGUGGCGCCGCUCCGUCAUCCUCGUCUCGCUCGACGGCGUGCGGCCGGCGUACCUGACGCCCGAGCUGCUGCCGCACCUGUCGCAGGCGCCCGCCCUCGUGGCCGAGAGCAUGCGCCCCGUCUCGCCGUCGCUCACCUUUCCGAACCACUGGAGCCUGCUCACGGGCGUCUCGCCCGGCCGGCACGGCAUCGUCGCCAACGACUUCCACCGCAUCUUGCGCGACAAAAGCAGCGAGGCGUUCUUCUACCAGGACCCGGCGCGCUCCUGGAACGGCAGCUGGUGGGGCGCCGAGCCGCUGUGGAGCGUCGCCGAGCGCGCAGGCCAGAGCAGCGCGGUGCUGGCCUGGCCUGGCCCGCCGAUCACGUCGCACGGCGAGCGGCCGCGCCACUUCCAGCGGUACGUCAAGGGCUGGAGCACGGCCGACCGCCUGCGUACCAUCGAGCGCUGGCUGGACAUGGGCAGCGUCGACGAGCGGCCGAGCCUGAUCUGCGCAUACGUCCCAGACGUCGAUGCUGCAGCGCACGGCGCCGGGCCAGACCCCUCGGACCCGUCAGUCGCCGCGGCCCUGCGCGCCGUUGACGACUUCAUCGCUGCACUGCUUCGCAGCAUCGCUGCGCGCAACGCCAGCGAGCUCGUCGACGUCGUCGUUGUGUCCGAUCACGGCAUGACCCAGACGUCCUCAAAGCGUCUAAUCUAUCUCGACGAGGCGCUGGGGGCAGAGCUGUAUGGCGAGAUCCUCACGCGCGACGGAUGGCCCUCGGCCGGGCUGCGCUUCAAGAGCGCCAGCGCACAGACUGCGGCCCGGGACCGCUUGCGCAAGCUGGCAAAGGCCAGCAGCUUCCAGCUGCUCGACGCCGAGCCGCUCGCGCAGCAGUGGAACUGGACGGCGCCGGACGAGCACGUCAUGCGCGAGCGCGUCGCGCCGCUGUGGAUGGUGCCGGACGUCGGCUGGAGCAUCACGACGGCCGCCGAGAUGGCGACGUUCAGCGACGGCGUCUACAGCCCGCGCGGCAACCACGGCUACGACGCACGCCAUCCCGACAUGCAGGCCAUCUUCGCUGCCCACGGUCCGUCCUUCCGCCGCUCUGCACAGCGGAUACCGCCCUUUCGCAAUCUCGAGGUGCACGGCCUCGUCAACGAGCUGCUGGGCAUACCGGCGCGCCACCGGCCGCCUACAGAGGUGAGCCACUCGUCUCUCUCGGCCCUCCAGCGCUGA